UUUGGGACAUUUUAUAUGUCCUUUUGUGACUGGCCUCUUUUACUUAGCAUAAUGUUUUCAAGGUUCAUUGGUGUUGUAGCAUGUGACAGUCUGCACUCCUUUUAAUCAUCAUUCACCUUUAACAGUUAUCUAUUUGACAGCCAGUCUUUUCUGGGGGGGAGGGAAGUUACUUUGUUUUGUUUAUUUAUCUAUUUAUUUAUUUUUAGAGGAGGUACCGGGGAUUGAACCCAGGACCUCGUACAUACUAAGCAUGUGCUCUUCCACUUGAGCUCUACCCUCCCCCUAUAGCCAGUCUUAUUUGAUCUGUGUCUAUGGCUGUCUCCCUUACUCCUGAUUAUUUGAAGCCACAUGACAGAUAGGAUACAUUUCAUCAUCCAUAAAUACUUCAUUAUUUACCUCUGAAAUAUAAGGACAAAAAAAAAUCAUAUUACUGCCUAAAGCACAAUAAUUUCAUGACUACUUUUUACUUGUAAAAUUGUUUUCUUCUGGUUACUGAAGUUCCUUGAACCCAUUUACCCAUCUCUACGACCUAGUCAGGCACUACAGCUAAUGGGUAACAUUAUUCUACCUGAGUAACAAUGAAGGUGAAUCUGUGGGAUUGUUCUGUCUCUCAUUUUCUUUAAUUCUUAGGAGUUGCCCCCUAUUUACUAUUUUAUAGUCACAGAAUAUUUUGAAAUGCUGGAGCUGAGAGACAUUUUUAAAACAGCUUUAUUGAUACGUAAUUUAUAUUCUGUACAGUUCCACCCAUUUAAAGUUUACAGUUCAAUGGAUAUUCACAGAGUUGUGCAAUCAUGACUAUAAUCAAUUUGGAACAUUUCAUCACUGUAGCCAUUCCCCAGUUCUGUUCAAUCCCAACCUCCUGCCACCCCCAUCUGUGUUCUGCCUCUUUAGAUUAGAUUUACCUAUUCUGGACAUUUCUUAUACACGGAAUCAUACACUAUGUGGUCUUUUGUGUGUGGCUUCUUUCACUUAGCAUAUUGUUUUCAAAGUUCUUCCAUGUGGUGUGUAUGUAGUACAACUUCGUUCCUUUUUAUUGCCAAAUAAGAUUCCAUUGUAUGGAUUUACCACAUUUUGUUGAUCAUCAGUUGGACGUUUGACCUGUUUUCUUUUUUUUGCUGAAUGAAUAGUGCUACUAUGAACAUUCAUGUAGAGAGGGACUUUUGAGAUCUUUCCAUGUAACCCUCUUAUUUCACAGACAACAGUGGUCUGGAGGGGUGGCGACAUGCCCCAGAGGUCACAAAGCCAUUUGAGAAACCCAGCUAGGACUGGAGCCCAGUUUACUGACGCCCCAGUCUGCUCUCCACCAUAGAGCCUCAGGAUAACAUUUCAACCAAAUACUCACCACCUGCAUAUUUUCCCACUUGGCUAUUUUAAGUCUGUAGCAGUGUUGGCUUAUUUAUAAGGAUUCUGAUGUGAACUGGAAGACUGCAAUUUGAGACCAGUUAAUUUGUAAAUUCCCGGUUGCAAGCUUGCCAAAUAAUAUAGUACUGUAGUUUACAUAAUUACAGUAUUUUAAGGACUCAAUCUAAAGAGUCCUUAGAAAUCACAAAGCCAAAGCCACAUCAAAAGAAGCACAAGUAUUAUUGAAAUUCAGAUAUUUUGUUAGACUCUCAGCUCUGAUACAUCAUAGUGAUCCCCUUCCAUUCAGUAUCCUUAGUACUAUGGCUAAAGUGUGCCUUUGAGGGUCUUGGGGCAGAGAGAGGGGAGGAGGAAUAAGGAAAGGAGGAGAGACUUUUGCUGGAAACCUGUUUUCUUUUAGAUAGAUUUUCUUUUCUGCCUUUCUGAUACUUACUAGGAUUAUUUUUAAAAAAUGAACUAUACGCCCUGUGUUUGUGAUGGGGUUUGGAGGGGAGGGAAAGUAACUGAGACAGGGGGACCAUACAUCAUUUGUAUCUUUUCUCUGCCCCUCUUCUAGUCUUCCUGCUGGAGGCUUGAGGGUCAUCCUUAGAAGGAAGAGCUGGGUUGAUAAUUAUCUGCCCUCGAAUAAGACGGAGUCCAGCAUAUGGUGUAGCGACAAGAACACUGAACUAGUAAUGAGACUUCCCUCUGCUUGAGCUUUCGAUGGGAGGCCGGCAGACUAUUUAUUCAUGCUCCUCUUUAACUGGAUCUGCAUCGUGAUAACUGGCUUAGCGAUGGAUAUGCAGUUGCUGAUGAUCCCUUUGAUCAUGUCAGUACUUUAUGUCUGGGCCCAGCUGAACAGAGACAUGAUUGUAUCAUUUUGGUUUGGAACACGAUUUAAGGCCUGUUAUUUACCUUGGGUUAUUCUUGGAUUCAACUAUAUCAUCGGAGGCUCGGUCAUCAAUGAGCUAAUUGGAAAUCUUGUUGGACAUCUUUAUUUCUUCCUCAUGUUCAGAUACCCGAUGGACUUGGGAGGAAGGAAUUUUCUAUCCACACCUCAGUUUUUGUACCGCUGGCUGCCCAGCAGGAGAGGAGGGGUGUCAGGGUUCGGCGUGCCCCCUGCUAGCAUGAGGCGAGCCGCCGAUCAGAACGGUGGAGGCGGGAGACACAACUGGGGACAGGGCUUUCGACUUGGGGACCAGUGAAGGAGUGGCCUCUGGCCUGCCCACCAGCCUCUCCACUCAGAUGAAGUUUUCUCCCAGUGCUGGGUGACCCUAUCACCGAGUUCAGCUAACGCUGUUGGACCUGACCCACACUGAAUGUAGUCUUUCAGUACAAGACAACAAUUUUUUUAAAACCUGAAGAAAAAAAAAUAUAAGUGUUCCUCAAGUUUCAUGAUUCUCAUUCAAGUCCUUACUGCUAAGAAGAACAAAUAUCAACUGUGUAAACUGCAGAACUGACCGUCUUCUCUGGUGUCUUCUCUUCCUUUUCCAGCUGAGUAAUGGGCUUCGGCAGGUGCCGCUCUGCUGGCACCAAGCUGGGCAUCUGGGGUUGGGUCACCAAACCCUUGUCAAAGGGACUCUGACCUCUUUCUUGUGCACACACCUCCCUCCUACUUUUCCCCACCCCCACAUUCUCAGCCAGAGGGAUUGCCCAUAAAACAAUUCUGCCUUUGACAAGCUCUUUUUAUUUAUUGACUUUUGCCAAGGCUUGGCCACGAAGAACCCGCUCACACCAUCUUCCAGCGGCAGAACGGUAACCAUAGGGGAGAAGGCGGAGCGCAGAGGAAGAGCCUUCUCAGCUUUUGGAGUUGCUGUGACCUGAUAGCACUUGCCACCAUUUGCCACCUCUUCAGCUGUUUAGAUAGGAAGGGAAAAAAAAGCACUGCUGAGGCAGUGAGGACCAGAUUGAUAUUAUGAAGCCUGAGGAUUGUUGCUGGGCAUGUUUUUGUCUUAGUGAUCAAAAAUGUAGUGGAGCUGCAUCUUACACAGGGGCUGGGCUUAAACCAUGGUGGGUCUGAUCCCUUAGUGUCUCGUGUCAGGCAUACUGGCUCUGUGUGUACCCAGAGUAGUAGAUUUGUAUUGUGCUAGUAAGUUCCAAAUCACAUUGGCCCCAGGGAGAAGCUCUCUUUGAGAGGCACCUGGGCGUUGAUUCUACUUCAUGCUCAUUCUGGAUAUAUGUUUACUACGUGGAGUGGAGGGGAGAACCUUAAACCCUAUUUAAGUUGUCAUUUUAUUGCAAACUGAGUGCCCCCAGCAGUGUCUAUGUGCUUGAGUUAGUUGUGGGGAAGGUGCAGCUCCUCUGUAUGUAGAUUUAAUUUUAGGAGCUAUUAUAAGCACAUCUAAGUGAAUUUGAGGUUGCAAUGGCUUUAGAAGCAUCUUGUGUUUGAGGGUCUUUUUUAUUUUGAGUCAUCAAGGUACAUCAGACCAGCCUCAGUACGCGCAACUCUUUUUUUAUAGGUGGACUUCUUCCAUCAGAGCUAGGCUUGUCACCAAAUAGUUUUUUGAAGGCUGCAAUGCUUCCCACGGUUUCUGAUUCUAUGUUUAUAUUCUGACAGCAGACUGCUAGGAGCAGUGUUGAGUGGCCACCAUGUUAGUCAACUAGAAAAGGCUUUGAACAUUUUGACCAGGAGUUCUGUGCAGGAAGCACUGUGCGCUAACAGUGUGACUCUGCCCCACGCCGAAGCAGGGUUGUGUGUGAUACUAGGAAGUAGGGAUUUGAAAAGAGCUCCUCACAUCUGAAGUGUGUGUGUGUGUGCGUGCUUGUUCAUAUUUAAUUUAUAUGAUAAAAUAGGAGGUGUGGAGAAUCUGAACGCUCACUGUCACAUGUUCUGCUGUUGACCUGUGGCCCCAAUAAAAUUCACUUGUAAAAUUUUAGAAGCCCUUCUUCCUGUUACGUCGCAGUUGCAGGCACCGUGCUGGAGAGGAGGCGCAUGUCUGUAAGAAGAUUCUCAUGGUAAGUGAGCUCGGCGUUCUUAGACGCCCUCUUAGCAACUCAACUGCCUGAGAGCAGUCAUCGUUCUAAAGGUUACAAGUGUUCUGUAGAAUGCUUCAGUUCCAGGCGAGAUGUUCAUUAAAUUCUUAAACACAUUUAGGAAGCUGAUAAUUUUAUUAAUUUUGUCUGGAUUACCUACCUUUUGGGAAUAAUUUUAGCUAAGCAAGCUAUUUGAGAUUUGAUUUGGCAAGGCGAGAUGUGACAGCAAGUUCUCUCUAUGAAUGCAAAAAAAUUCCUUAUUUUGUAUAGAGAAAUCCCCUUUUUGUAAUUAAUCCUUUUUAUUGGUAAAAAUUGUAAAUUAAAAUGUACAACUUGA